AUGGAAAGAUUCGACUUCCUCCAGGUUUUCUCCUUGGUCCAUAAGUUCUCUUAUGCUCGGGUAUUUAGCAAUGUCGAAAGAGCUGAUAUUGCCCUCAAAGCUCUCACUCUAAUGGAGAGGUUUGGUGCAGUGCACCCUAUAGCUGAACAGAUGGUUGAAGUCCUCCAAGAAUCAGGACUUCAGACCAAAACCAAGUUCAAUUCCGAAUGGCUUACACGAGCUAAAGACAUUGUUAAGGUUCCAGAAUAUUUGUACGAGCUAGCGCUCACUGAUGCACCAGAAAAGUCGGUUUUAUUUGAAGAGUUUGUUCCUCUCUGCCAACAACGGUUUAUCGCGGGCGAUUUCAAGAUGUUGUCGUACUAUGUCACUAGAAUGAGCAGAAUGGCACAGUUCAUGAACCAUAGUACGAGUGCUGAGCAGUUUGGUGCCAACAGAUACUUUGAAUUCUUGCUCUAUCAGCUUAUUUGCACCCUUUACGGCCUGAUAUGGGAGCUUCCAUCUUUCACGUCAACUUCUGCAUCUUCUGAGGUUAAUGCCGAGGAGAAACUCCUGCUGCUUGAUAAAAGAAUCUCUCUUUACCACAGCAGAAGUGUCCAUUUGCUUAAAUCAUUGCCAGAGCAACCUCUCCAUGUGGUGUCCAAGGUGGAGUUUGAGUUUGGGUGUUACAAGAUAGCCAAGUUCUUGCUAGCCAUAGCAAAGUUUAAAAUGAACCAGUUUGUUGCAUUUGCUGACGAGUUUGAUCUGCUCUAUACUUCUUUUGAUACCGUCGAAUUUUUGAACUUACAGCGAGAGCUACUACUCAUGUAUUCGGUGGCAUGUAUGGCGAGCAAACCUUUCAAGGAGCUCACGUUCAAUGCUAAUGAGAGCAUUGUGGAGCUUUUUACAAACACUUCUGACUUGGUGUCGACAUUUUACGACAUCAUGUAUGGGUUAUCAAAAGCUGAAUUUGCUCAUGUGAAAUCGCUCAUGAGCAAGCAAGUCGUGGAAGCAGCGGACGCGGAGAUUUCUUAUUUGCUACCCCAGAAAGAUGAAGGUUUCUGGGAAUACUUGGUGGACCUUCUCGAUCUGAAAGUCUUCCUACUUAUAAUGUCUAUCACACGAAGAAUUCCAAGGACAACCAUGGUAAGACGCUUGGGCUAUAUUGAAUGCUCCCAAAAGCAAUGUUCAAGAGUCUCGGACAAAUUGUUGGUGCUCAUGUCGGUACUCCAGUUGAGUCAGGUUAACAUCACUUUUGAUAGGGAAAACGACGAAUUCUGUAAUGACCCAUUGAAUGAUGAUACGAGAUUGCAGCACGUGGUACAACAAAUAGAUCAGAUCGACCAUUUGACACGGGCUGAGGCAGCCGGACAAUUGUUGAAAGCGAAGUUGGUGGCCUUAUACAUGUAG